AUGAUUCGCAAACUGCAAAAACAACAAAUUGCUGAAUUUCUUGGAAUAAAAAGAGCACCAUUUAAGAUACUCAUAAUGGAUGAACAUACUAGGAGCAUCCUUGCACCACUAUUCAAGCUAUCUGAACUACGAGACUGUGGUAUCUGCGCACAUUACACUCUUUCAAACACUAGAACCCAGGCAAGAGACAUUCCUGCUCUUUACUACAUUCACGACUUCAACCUGGUCACACAAGAUGUAUGCAGAUUCAUCUAUUCUGAAUACUACAUCAACAGCUCCACACAGAUCAAACGAGCUGAAUUGGAGAAUUUGGCAGCAAAAACCAGUGAGUUACAACAGGCAAACAGAAUCAUCGCAGUCAAUGACACAUUCACUGAUUUCAUUUCUCUUCAAAAUGACCUAUUCAGUUUCAACCUGAAAAACAGCUAUUUGAAUGAUUACACCAGAGAAGUCACUUCUGGACUAUUCUCUGUCUUUGUGACACUGAAUGAGAUGCCAUUUGUAGUCGCAAAUCCAAAGACAACUGGAAUCAGAAGCAGCAUUUUGAAGAUGUUUGAUUCAAAAUUACGAAAUUCAAAAAUGUUCAAAAAUGCAUUACAGAGACCACUUUGUGUGAUUGUAGAGAGAGACGUCGAUUUGCUUACGCCACUAAUGCAUACACUGGGAUUCUACGAGUUGAUUAGUGACCUAUUUGAUGUGGAAUUGAAUAAGGUUAAUUUGGAUGGAAAAAGUGUUCCAAUUGACACAGAGAGUGAGUUCUUUAACAAGCAGCGAUUCAAUGACUUUGUUGACGUAGUGGAUCUCAUAAACCAAGAGGUACAGGCGUACAAGAAGGAAAUGGCCAUGAGGAAUCUAAGUGUGACAGAUGUGGCAAAAAUGCUCGAGGUGGCACCAGAGCUGCAGAAGAAGAACGAGGUGGUCACUAGUCUCCUCAAUAUCAGCCUGAAUGCAGUCUCAGAAAUCAAGAAGAGGAGUUUUGAUGAGUUUUAUGCAAUGGAAAACAAAUUUGACAAAAACAGCCUAUAUGAAUUGAGUGAGAAGGGAACCAAUGAAGACAUCAUCAGACUGGCUGUGAGCAUGUUAGGGAAGCCAGAAGCCGAGUUCAUUGGGCCAAUGCUUGAGAAGAGGGGAAUCAGAACCAAUAUAGUAGGAUACAUCAAGAAGUUCAUGAAUGAGGACAAAUACUACCAGACCAUUGCUAAGAAGAUGAAGAAUCUUCUGUUCAAGAAGAGUCUGCCUGUAGUUGCACAUGUUGAGGAUGUGCUAUUUAGAAUUAAAAACAGCAGCCUUAAGGAGUCGUAUGAGACAUCUACGCACAAAGAUGCCUUCUACUACAAUGAAAUCAGCAAAGUCGUCGUGUUUGUGAAUGGUGGGAUAUCGUACCAGGAGGUGAGUGGCCUCCACGAGCUGUCUCAGAAAUACGGCCUUGAUUUCAUCAUAGGCGGAACUGAAAUAAUCAACGCACGUGGAUUCAUGAGCCAGCUAGAACAGUGUGAGUAA